UAGCUCGUUUUCCGAAUAUUACUAUAUUACUUCCUCACUUACUACCACCCUCGACUGAUGUAGUUCUAACAAUUCAACAAAUUUACUAGCUUCUAGUAAAUUGUUUGUUACUUUUUUACAAAUACCACUGCAGACCAAGAACGAACACUAGAACCGCUCAAAAAGUUUCAAAAUUUCAUAUUCAUUUCGGGUACCCCUCCCUAGUUUCGGCUGCUCAUCUCACAUCAUCACAUAGAGACACAGAGCUGAGUGUCCGUUAUGGAGCACUUUUUUUCUUUACCGGUUCCUCGGAUGUCAAUAGGAAUGAUCCAACCUGUUGAGUACUCUCCCCUCAACCCGAAUGCCUUGGAGUUUGUGCCCUCGCAUCGCCAGAACAACACGGAAAUCCACAGCAUCAACAACAUAGAGACUAAAACGGAGGCCACUUCAACAACCACAUUGUCUCGUCCCGAGAUCGUUGGGGAUGCUGUGAAUCAUGUGGAGAAUGGUUAUUCUGUGCAGCGACAGAUUUUCGAGUGCCUCAGCCAGCUGGGAGAUGAACAAAUGCCGCUGGAGGAAGUCGGGGUGACUUUGUUGCCCGGCGGACGAGGCCUCAGCAUGAGAUUCACCACCAAACAGAAGCCGGGCCAGCUCUUUCAGCCGCCGGAUCCCAACGAUCCGAUCUACCACAAGGGCCACAGCCUCCAGCUGGAUGUGAGCGAUCCCAAGAAGUUGGACAACCGCCCAGAGAGCGUCCUGGUGGCCCAGUUCCUCUUUCGCGUCAACGACUUGCUUAGGGAGAAGUACGAGGACGGCGGAGAUGCCUCCAUCUGCCCCAAAUGCACUCUGUGCUCCAAUCGCAGCUACACGGAGCUGGAGAUCGAACACCAGAUCGAGGGCAUUAAGGCUUUCGAGAACUUCACAUUCACCGAAUCCACUCGCUACCAGGACUUGGUUUCGCAUAAGGCCUUCCAGGAGCUGUGCCGCAAGCUGGGCCUGAUUGUGAGCCGGGAUCAGAUCCACAUCAAUAGGGCCAGCAGUGGACAGUCUCCAACUGCCUCGCCGCCGCCACCCUCGGCCCAGACCUCGGUGGCCACAGUUUCCAUUGACGACGACGAGACCGUCACAGAAAUGGAAACGGAUGUGGAGGCGUAUGCCGGGGACGAUGAACAGCAGUUCAAUGGACAUGACCUGACACCAAAGGGGAGUACCUAUCCAGAGACUUCCACGAAAUAUGUGAGGGGAAAGCUAUACAGAUAUGAUAACUCAGAGGGAUCCCAGUUCGUAAACCAACUGACCGAGAUGGGUUCCCAAUGCUCUGAACCCACGACGGGCGACCCUGAUAAUAGCCAACCAUCUACACCGGUCAAUCCUAUGAUGGCCUCCAGUAUGCCAACCCAGUUUCCGAGGGUCUACAAGACAGCCAAGGCCAGGUGCUCGGUGCGUGGAGCGGGGGCUAGCCUUCAGAGCGGAUCACAGAACCGUAGGGCAACUCCUUACAAUCGGCCGCCAGUGCAGAAUCCCCAGGCCACACUCACAACCAUCCAAAGAUGCCGGCUUACGGCCGGCGGUGGCCAGUGCCAGGCCACCGCAGCAGCAGGGGAAGGCUGCCCGAAAGCCCGAAAGCUCCAUGCGGAAACCUGCCUGCCUGCACCGACUCGCAAACAGAACUAUCAGCGGGCAACAGCGCCGAAGUCCGAGUUGGGGUGCCAGCAGGCGGGCGCCAUGAAAGCUAAUAGUGUGGCAGGACGUCUGCCCAGACAGGGUAGACAGCCGAGCACUCAGCCGAAACCGACGUCGAAUCAUUUGUGCAGCAAGGCUACGGCCCAGGGACCAACUUCUAAGCAGCAACAUGCCACCGCCCAGCGUAUGAUACCAAGGAGCACCACCACAUCCCUGAUGCGCCAAUCGGAGGUUAAGCGACGUAUGAGCCUGAUGCGCGGCGAAAGCGACUCUGACAUGCUCUUCAACGAAUAUCUCUUUAAGUGAUUCACCACUGCAGAUGGGUUGUAUGGUUAUUAUUAGUGCCCUUAAAGAAAUAGUGUUUCAUCGUAACUGUAUAGUCUUAAAAAUUUAAAUAAAAAAUUUUAAUAUUCAAAA